AUGCCAAUGAAGCCUUGCAAGUAUGGCAUCAAAAUAAUGGCUCUAACGGAUGCAUACAUAUAUGUCAAAAAAUAUUCUAAUGGUAUUGAACUUGAUCCCGAAUUCAAGAAAUUCUCAAAGCCAACGCAAGCGGUCUUACGCCUUGCACGGCCUUUGUUUGGGACCAACCGCAACAUUACGGCAGACAACUGGUUCUCCUCAGUGGAAUUGGUAGAUAUCUUGCUGGAGAAAAAUCUCACUUACGUUGGAACGGUAAAAAAAAACAAAAGAGAAAUACUACCUUCUUUUUUACCCAACAAAAGAAGGGAUGUCGGAUCAACAUUAUAUGUGGGAAAGAAGAACAAAGCAACUGUACAUAUCUCCACGAUGCAUGAUCGGAUUUUCACUGAUCCAGAGACGAACAAACCUGAAAUAAUCGUUUAUUACAAUGCCAAUGAAGGAGGAGUUGAUUCUCUCGACGAGGAAUGUGCAAAAAGUACUUCAAGUCGUCGUACACGCAGGUGGCCCUUGGCAAUUUUUUUUCGUAUCCUUGAUGUUUCGGUAGUAAAUUCCUAUAUAUUACACCAAUGUUAUAAAAAUAAUGAGGUGAUGAAAGAAAAAUCAGAAUUUGCUAAAGAAUUGGCUGCAAAACUUGUAAGAGGAAACAUGGAAAGGAAAUUACAGAAUCCCCGUAUGCCCCGCGAAUUACGCUUUACUAUAUCACGUAUCCUUGGCAGACCGGAAGAAAAUGUACCUGUGAGACAAGUAGAUUUGACGCUACAAAAGCGAAAGACAUGCCAUUUGUGCCACAAGACGACGCAUCGAAAGACGAAAUAUCUGUGUGUGGAGUGUGUGAAGCCAGUAUGCCUGGAGUGUUCCAAGCCGAAAUGCAACAAUUCUUCAAACAAAUCCUAA